CACUGGGGAAUGAAUCCAGUAUGAAAACAACGCACAAAGAACUCUGUUCGGCCUCCGUAGGAAGCUGAAAUUGAGAAAGGAAACAGAGACAGGAGACGGUCGAUUAGCAUUUCUUUAAAAACAAGACGGCCGGUGUAGAAGUUAGCAAGUUGGAGUGUGAAACGUAGGUUACCCUAGCUGUAACCUAUGGCAGUCCCCAGAGCAGAGGCGGAGUCGUAUGCCGGCCUCCCCCUCGCCGUCUCCGCAGUCUCUUUUUACUGGAAAACCGCAGUAAAAGACGGAAACCGUGGAGGGGUGAUGCAAAUCUUCCGGUCCGAGAGGUAGCUCGUUUCCGGUGAAGCCUCGAGGGGUGGGAUCCUGUCCCGCCCCAACCUCCCGCGGCGCCUGAGGUUGUUCGUUGGUUGUUUGCAUUCGAACUGCAUUUCCCAGUAGGCCCUGGGGUUAGAGUGGCCGUAGCUGGAGUGGUGCCAGCCCGUCAUGGAUGACCGGAGCCAGGCUCCUGCCUUCCGUCUUCGAGGCAGAGCCACGGAGAGACCGGCUGCAGCCGUCCCGGCCUCCCUCUGGCCCUGAGAGCUCCCCUGGCUUGCCUCAAGCCUCGCCUUCUCAAGCGCAGACUUCGCGCUCCGAACGGGGAGACCAGGCUUCUGCACCGGAAACAAAGCACCGGUUGUGACGUCACAGCUGCAGAGCGCCGGGCCUCCCAGAAGGCACUGCGUCCCUGGCGUCCUCCUCCACUGGUGGCGGCGUGCACGAAUGGUCGCCGCGCUUUAGGAGGGUGCUCGGAAGGGCGGUGAGGGCUUGGCCGCUCGCGCCUAGUUUUCCUGUCUCUCCCGGACCCUGAGUCUCUGAGCCGUCCUCAGCGAACGCUCAGGGGCUGCAGAGGCCCCGAGAGCUUGGCUCUCUAGCAGGUUUCUUCCAGUGAGAGGUAGCUCUGGAGGCCCCGAGAAACGAGUGCGGUGUGUGUUUGCAAGGCAUGAUGGCUGCAAAAGUGGUUCCUAUGCCCCCAAAGCCAAAGCGGUCAUUUAUCCUGAGAGUUCCACCAGACUCCAAGCUAGGCCAAGACCUACGUCGGGAUGCCACUAAUGGGCCCAAGACCAUCCACCAGCUAGUGCUGGAGCACUUCCUCACCUUCUUGCCCAAGCCUGGCCUGGUCCAGCCCAGUCAGAAAGUCAAGGAGACCUUGGUUAUUAUGAAAGAUGUGAGCUCAAGACUUCAGAACAGAGUGCAUCCUCGUCCAUUGUUGAAUCUUCUGCCCAAAGGAAUCCAAGAGAAAGAAGAGGCAGUGUCUCUGUGUUUGAAAGCUAACCCUGAGGAGCUGGUGGUCUUUGAGGAUUUGAAUGUAUUUCACUGCCAAGAAGAAUGUGUGAGCCUGGAUCCUACUCAACAACUCACCUCAGAGAAGGAAGAUGACAGCAGUGUUGGUGAGAUGAUGUUACUGGUCAAUGGCAGUAAUCCUGAAGGUGAAGAUUCUGAGAAGGAAUCUAUAGAAAAUGAAGAUUAUAGAGAAAAGUCUUCAGAUGAUGAUGAAAUGGAUUCUUCAUUGGUCUCUCAGCACCCUCUAGAUAACCAGGAAAAGGAAAGACUAAAUACAUUCAUUCAACAGAAAAGGAAAAUGAGAAAUCUGUUAGUUACCAUUGAGAAUGAUACUUCCCUAGAGGAACUCUCAAAAUAUGUAGAUGUCAAUAUUAUUGCACUUACUCGAAAUCGGAGGACAAGGAGAUGGUAUACUUGUCCACUGUGUGGGAAACAGUUUAAUGAAAGUUCUUACCUUAUUUCCCAUCAGAGGACUCACACUGGAGAAAAACCCUAUGACUGUAGUCACUGUGGGAAAAGCUUCAAUCAUAAAACAAAUCUCAAUAAACAUGAACGGAUUCAUACAGGAGAGAAACCUUAUUCCUGUUCUCAUUGUGGGAAAAAUUUUCGUCAGAAUUCUCAUCGGAGUCGUCACGAAGGAAUCCAUAUAAGGGAGAAGAUAUUUAAGUGUCCAGAAUGUGGGAAAACCUUCCCAAAGAAUGAGGAAUUUGUGCUUCAUCUGCAGACCCAUGAGGCUGAGAGACCAUAUGGUUGCAAAAAAUGUGGGAGAAGAUUUGGUCGGCUGUCAAACUGUACCCGGCAUGAGAAAAUCCACUCAGCCUGUAAGACUCGAAAGGAGAAGUAGUAUUGGGAAAGGUUUGAUGGUGCUUCCUCAACCUGAGAGUUUUUCUUUUUUUUUUUUUUGAGAUGGACUUUCACUCUUAUUACCCAGGCUGGAGUGCAGUGGUGCAAUCUCGGCUCACCGCAACCUCCGCCUCCUGGGUUCAGGCAAUUCUCCUGCCUCAGCCUCCUGAGUAGCUGGGAUUACAGGCACGCGCCACCAUGCCCAGCUAAUUUUUUGUGUUUUUAGUAGAGAUGGGGUUUCAUCAUGUUGACCAGGAUGGUCUCGAUCUCUUGACCUCGUGAUCCACCUGCCUCAGCCUCCCAAAGUGCUGGAAUUACAGGCUGGAGCCACUGUGCCCUGCCAACCUGAGAGCUUUCGGAGUUCCCAAGCUGCCUAAAAAGAUAUAAAUAUGUAGGCUGGGCUCUGUGGCUCACACCUGUAAUCCCAGCACUUUGGGAGGCCGAGAUGGGUGAAUUACAAGGUUAGGAAUUUGAGACCAGCCUGACCAACAAGUUGAAACCAUGUCUCUACUAAAAAUACAAAAAUUAGCUGGGCGUGGUGGCAUGCACCUCUAAUCCUAGCUACUCAGGAGGCUGAGGCAGGAUCAUUGCUUGAAUCGAGGAGGCAGAGGUUGCAGUGAGUCAAAAUCACGCCACUGCACUCCAGCCUGGGUGACCCAGUGAGACUCCAUCUCAAAGAAAAAAAAUAACAAUAUGUGAAAAGCUCAUUGUAGCCAAAAUUGGAUAAAUGCCCGUCUUGGCUAAAACCUCAAAUUGUUAGUAAAUUCACAGGGAAGAAAACAUUUUCAAGGGCUAUACCUCAGCAUCCGCGCUUUCUGGACUAAGGAGCUUUCCUUUAUGAAGUUAUAUGGCAAUGUACAGGUCACAGAUCCCUUUCCCAAGAAAGACUUUGAAGAUGACUCUGGAGGCUGCUUACUUGCAAGAGAGAGUGACACAUGUCUAUUGUAAGUAUAUCCAUUUUCCCCCCACAUGGAGAUUCGUACUUGAGAAAUAGUGCAAAGGUUCUUAUCUGGAACUGUGUUCUCGAAAGAACCAAACUACUGGCUUGUUGAGCCAACAGCUUCUAUUGGCAAUUCAUAUAACCCUCUAAGAGCAGUCUUGAGUGUUGAAUUGUUUACUUUGGAAUAUAGGAAAACUAUAGCAAUUGAAUGUCAGACUCUCAGUUGGAUGUGAUCUAAACUUGCAAUUUCAAUAACAUUUGCAAUUUGUGAUAACAUUGACUUUUACAGAUUCCUUUUUACAACAAAAGUGUCUACUGUUUUUACUCUAUUUUGUUCACCUGUUGAUCUUUCCAACAGCUGUUUCAUGCCUCUCCCUUGCCAAAAUAAGUUUGGAUUACUCAGGCAGGGCCAUCCAGUCCCACCACUAGAAAAGCUCUUCAGAAUCUUCUUCCUCUCUGGAGCCCAGAUCUCAUGUGCUAGGAAGGAAACCCCAAGACCCAUACAGGAGGGGUCGACCUGGAGGCAGGAAAAGCUGGCUUAGAUCCAUGUCUCAUCAAUAACCUUACCAUAUUCUUAGGUCCCCUCUACACCAUCAUCAGACCUUUGGUGAUGGGGUGGUCACUACCUCACAAGGCAAAGAGUGUGUGUGUGUGUGUGUGUAUGUAUAUAUAUAUUUUUUUGAGAUGGAGUUUCAUGUUCUAAGAUGAUUGUUGUAGGUGAUGGGCAAAAAAAGAGAGAUGGAGUUUCACUGUUGUUGCCCAGGCUGGAGUGCAGUGGCCUGAUUUCGACUCACUGCAGCCUCCGCCUCCCGGAUUCGAGCGAUAGGCUUCAGCCUUUCAAGUAGCUGGGAUUACAGGCAUGUGCCACCACGCCCAGCUAAUUUUGUGUUUUUUAGUAGAAACAGGGUUUCUUCAUGUUGGUGAGGCGGGUCUCAAACUCCCAACCUCAGGUGAUCCACCUCAGCCUCCCAAAGUGCUGGGAUUACAGGUGUGGGCCACUGCACCUGACCCAUAGUGUUGUAUAUUUAGAAAUUACAUCUCUAGUGGUUAGCUCACAUUGCCCCUCAAGAGACAGGAUUCCAGGUGUCUUCAUUAUAGUGGGUAUUCAUUGUCUUCAGUCUCUUCAUAUCCAGACCUUCCUGUCCUUUCUGCCUAGAAGCAAGGCCAGUGGUGCAAUCUAGGGAUUCUUGACCAGUUUUGCUUACUUGAGGUUUCCAAAAGUUUCACAUUGGUGUUUUGAUUGGAAUGAAGAAAUCCUAUAAACUAUUUGGGAAAAAUUACAGUGUUUGUUUCCAUCCAGAAACAUGCCUUUGUAUUUAUGAGAGUGUUAUAUUCCUGUGAAAAUUUUCCUAAUUUUCUUCACUUAAGGUUUUACAAAAUUUUGUUACUGUAAGUAGUUUUUUCAUUAUAUUUCUAUAGUUGAUUAUUGUUGUUACAUAAGAAAGUUAUUUUCAAUUAUAUAUUUGUAUAGCUAGUCACCUCACUGUUCUUAAUUUUCAAUAGUUUCUUGGUUUAGCUCUGUUAUAACUUUUGGUAAAAUGACACCAUUUACAAAUAAUAGUUUUGUUUCUUGC